GGACGUCGCUUUGACGCAACAUCAACGUACUGCCUUCAACCUUCUGGAAUACACUUUCAAUUUUCAUAUUUAGCGAACCAGAAGUUUCUCUUUGCCGAUAUUUGUGGCCGAUUUAUAAAAGUUUGGAAUCUUGAAAACAAAUAUUAACAAGUACAUGUAGAGGAUUUGCAAGUUAAGUGUGUACAACGUGCGAAGGACAUAUAAAGGAUUAUACAGAAUCACAUAUUUAGUGUUGAAGAAAAUUGACAUUGAAUGUUUCCAAAAUGAGAAUUUCUAAAAGAACUUUUAGCUUGUUUCUGUUUCUAAUAGCAUUGCAUGCACCGCUUUCACAAGGCCAAGAAGACAUCCUGCCAAACAUUGCAGCAUUUCCCGACGGUCCCCCAGCCCCAGGAGAUAUAUUUGAAGAACCUGCAGUAGUAACCAACGCCAAUGAACAGGUUGCAUUAGAUGCAGUAGGAGACACAGCGACAGUCAGUCCGGCAUUAGAAGACCCAACCCCUCCACCUGAUCUAGUUGUAGAUGCUGUUGAAGGAUUGCCUUCUGUGCCAACCGGCUUAGAGGAAACACCUGAUGUACCGACCGAAGCACCUUCUGCUAAUGGAGAUAUGACUGCUGACCUUAACCCUACCGAGGAGAUCUUACCAGAAGGCAUCAUUGAAACAGUUGCAACAGCUCAAGGGGAGACGCCUUUGGUAGAAUCUGGACCAGAGGUGAUUUCAGUAGGGGAUGGUGUAAUAGCUGUGGACAAUAUGGAAACUACUACACCCAUCACAGAUGUACCGAUGACAACAGUUGACUCUAACUUUGAUCCCCAAGGAACGUUUGAUGGUAGAAAUGAUCCAAUUCUUCUCACUGGGACAACGUUGCCAGCAAACAGUUCCAAAGUACUUGGAAAUUUGGAUAAUAGACCGAUUGUUCAGGAUGAGGUUUUACCAGUUGUACCUGGACAGGACACUGCUAUGGCAGAAACUCGCAGCGAAUUUCCAAUAGGAAUUGAAGCCGUAUCUACGACUGCUACAUUGACUAUAGAAACAGAAAACGUUGUAGACGAAGCUGGUGCCACUGGAAUAAACGCCCUAAAUGAACAAGUCAACCCUGCAACCGAAAUCCUAACUCCAGAGGCAAUACCGGAUAUAACAGAAUUAACAAAUACUGCAGAAAACGAUGCCAUGACAACCACAGAUUUAAACACAAUAGUCUCUAUCAAUACAGCGUCGACCAAUGAUGUAAUCGAAAAUACUGCCGAAAAGCCUAUCGUUGUUGACCAGAAAACUCCUUCUGAGUUUAUGGAUGUAACGGUAGCAGAAGUCCCAAAUUAUGAAGAAAAACUAAACGAAUUUAAGGAGUUUGUAAAGAAGAAUCCUAACACAACGUUUCCCGCUCCACCUAUGCCGCCUCCAAGAAACCCCCCAGCAUCUCAACUAACAAGAGAAACCUCAACUCCAUUAGUUGUUGCGGAUGAAAUUGCAGUCAUUUCGACAACCGAGCCUGUUCCUGGACCUUCAUUGGAGGAAAACACUCCACUUCCUCCAUCUGAGGCAAUCGUAAGACCAGAGCCAUCAAAGCCUACACUGAAAACAGGAAGUGUUGCAAAAGAACCAUCUCGCCCUCCAUCUAUCCCUCUCUUACCAAGAGAAAAUAACUUGAAGGAAAAAUCUCUGCCACCGUCUAAACCUACGUUAGGAUCACCAAAAGUGGCUCUAUCAAAUUCUGGGACUAUACCAAAGAGUACCACUAUUUCAAAACCUCGUUUAAAAGCACUAUCUAACGUUGUGCCCGCUCCACCCCCGCCUCCAUCGGACGUAUUUAGGAAAGAUUUCAAUGAGAACACAAACAAAAAGGCAAACAUGUUCAAAUAUGAACCAAAAAUUCCAUUCGAUCCUGAUUUUGAUUUUAAACCAAAUGACCGAACCGAAACAGCAAACCAGAGAUCUACUUUGACCAAAACAACCAAUGUACCAAGCACCAGGCAAUUACCUGUAGAUGUCCAAUCCAUAUACGACAAAAACUCUCUUCCGAACAAUGCUUUUCCUCUUUCUGUUGCUAAAAAAAGACCACAGAAACCCAUUUCUACGCAACGGGAUAGGGGAGUAUCCCUUUAUCAGUAUCAAAUUAACAACAAAGAUGACGUCGUAUCAGCAAGAAAAUCUAAUGUGCGUGAAAGAAAUGAGAAUCCCACAAAAGUCAGAAAUCAAAGUAGUGGCCAAGGUUCAAAUGAUAUGCAAGCUUUAUUUGACAAAACUAGAAAAUUUGUAGCAAACUUUGGAGCACCAGGUAUGCCAAUUUCCUCGAAUUACUUUAACCAAAAUCAUGGUGGCCAAAUAAAUAAUGCAAACAUACCUAAUGUUCGUCGGAACCAGCCAUUUGAAACUGUUUGGUCUCCAUCGAGUCCAAAUGCACGACUUCAAAAAAGUAAACAAAAUUCAAUACAAAUUUUCGAAAGUAAAAAUACGAUGCCACCCAUCAUUGUAGUUGAAGACGGAUCAAGUGUGAGCAAUAGAAAUACAGCAUCAGCUAGCAGAUCACUACCCGUAUCUAAGCCAUUCAACCAAAGAGACUUUAAAAACCUGAAUAUUGCCAGAACAAAUGCACCUUACACUGAAAACAAAAUGGGCAACAGUCUUGAAAUGUGGUACCAAUUAAGGGGAAAGUAUUUUCCAAAGGAUGAAAUCAAAAACUUUCAAAAUGGAGUAAAUGUGGGUACAAAUGCACAAAAUAUUGGAGGAGAAGAAUUUAAUACCUUUUUCUCUGUUUCAAAGUACAAAAGAAAUCAAAUACGACAAAACCUACGAUUGCGCAACGAUAAAGUCAAUAAUGAAAAUAGAAAACGAGCCGGAGGUCUUGCACCAAUAUCAUCACAAUCUCAGAAAAAUGUUCAAAAACCAAACGCUUAUGUAUUUAACCCUAAGAAGCAGAGAUUUCAGAUCGAGGAUACGAAAACUGUUCAGAGAAGAACACCAGAAACAACAGCUCAAGUUUCAAACAAUAAUGCAAUUCCAUUUGAACCUCAACGGCAAAGAUUCCAAAUCGAAAACACAAAAAAUAUACAAAGAAGGUUACCACCAAAACCAACAAUUUCUAGAAAUAAUGCAGUUGCAUUCAAACCACGAAAAGAAACAUUUCAAGGUGACUUCACAAGAGAUUCCAUGAAACAAUUAAAAACCAAACAGACAGCUCGAAGGCAAAAUGCCUUCAUAUUUGAACCUCAGUUACAAAGGUCUCAAAUCGAAGUAGCUGAACCAUAUAGAAUAAAAAUCAAAGAAUAUUUAGUAACUGGGAAACCAAAUACAGUAAGUACAACGGAAGCACGAUUAAACAUGGGCGUUCCAACGCUUUCAUAUUCACUUGAACCACCUGACAUGUUUUCGCAAGAUAAUCCACCACCGAUAAAUAUUGACGGUAAAUUUGAUAAUAUCGCUUUUCAGAGCUUCAUUACAACGACAGCGAGACCAAACACACUGCCACAGCCUUCAAUGCUCUCACCUAGCGCCUUCAGAAUUAAGCAACGUAAUACUCAAACACCAAAUGAUUCAUCCAGGAAAAGUGUUGCUUCCAUUGCAAACCUUCCUCGUCCGCCACCAAUGAAAUUUUCUGGUCCAUCGUUUUCUAGCACGCUGAAUAAAAAUUCAGAGACAAAUUCUGUUCUGAGCCAGAAAGAGAAAGACAUCAAUGUCGAAACUAAACUAAAUGCAGUUCCAUAUGAACCAGCAAAACGUACGCUUGGGCCAAAAAUUAGCAAAAUUUCAGAUCUUCCACGCCCUCCAGCAAUAAACUUUGCAGGUUCAUCGGGAAGCGGCACGGGAAAGGAUUCAAAUAUAGAAAUAACUCCCAUUGCAGGAGGUUCCAUAUUUAAGGAAAUACCAGAAAUUACCCCAGUCCCUCCAUUGUUUUCCGUUAACAGCACUAUAGUAAUGAAACUACAGAAUGAUUCUGUGACAAAAGAGGAACUGCAUCCUAGCGUUUGCCACCAAUGUCACUAUGUGAAUGACAUCUGCUAUUUACCCGAGGCUGAAAUUUGCAACAGAUUUGUCGAAUGUCACAGAAAUGGGGACCAAGUUAGAGCAUUUGAAAAGGAAUGCGCAAUUGGAAAUUUUUGGAAUCCUGAAACACUGGCUUGUCAAAAGUCUGUUUAUGUCAACUGUGCAGCGGAUCCCUGUAAAAAUCCUGCAGUAAAAUCCCACCCGUUCUUGGGACGAUGUCGAUAUUUUUGGAAAUGUGAGCGUAGAACAUCAGAUUUCGAAUUCUGCAGCCAGAAUUAUCGAUACGAUGGGAUAGGAGACACAUGUGUACCAGAUUUCACGUGCAAAGACGAAGAUCCGCCAAUGGACGUGGUACAACCCACAGAACCUGAAAACUGCAUCUGGACCGCCGUGGAGGGGUCAUUGACUACGUUUACAGAUGGGUUCAAUGUCCAAAAAUGCGCACCCGGCACACGAUUUGACGAAGUUCAGUGUACAUGUGUUAUCAGUAAUAUCAUACCGGAAGGAGCAGUUUGUAACCCCGAUACACUGAUCGACUUCGAGGGAGAUGAAUUAGAAGCUUUCACUGACAAAUCUGGAAACAGGAAUGGAAUUGGCAAAGAAAAUGUCAGGCUGAAGGAUGGAACUGGUUUCUUCUAUGGAGUAGGAAAAAUUUCAUUUUGGCGAUACGCUAAUGUUGAACUUGGGCCUUUGCUUGGAAUACAGAUUCGUUUCUUUCCUUAUGGAUAUUCGAAAAACCCGAUGGGCCUUGUAUCCAAUUGCAAUGGUUCUCCUAUUGGUUCUACAGUUGACAUUCGACUUGACACAAAAACAAAACAAGCUAUUUUCAAAUUAAGUACCAACAAGCAACGCAACAAUCAAAUAGUUUUACCGUAUGAGCCCUUCAAAUGGAACACAGCCACCUAUGUGUAUGCAGGGGAUACAUUUACAGCUAGCAUCAAUGAUAAAAAGGAGACCAUUCCAGUAGAAGGAUCCAUUCCUAACAGACAUCCUGCCAUUCAGGUUGGAGGGUGUAACAGAGAAGACGGGUUCAGAGGUUACGCUGAUGACGUAAAAAUAUACAACGGGUGCAUUCCAGACGAAUUUGAAUACAUUAUUUUUACAUGAAGAUGAAGGGUACAAUGCAACAUGAAAUCCUCCAAAGGACAACUCUCAUUGAGGCAAGGGGCAACUGUAGAGGUGCUUCUACAAAGCCAUUCUGUUUUAGGCAUCGUGACAAUUUGUCAUAUUCUCUCGUGCUGGAGCUUGACACCGUGUGACAGCGCUAAAUAUUUAUGACAGCGGGGAUUAACCAGAGGUUUUGAGACACGCCCUAAGCCGUUUCUCUUCAUUUUAAUGAGAGAAAUGUGCUCCGUGGCAAAACGUAUGGAGAUUUGAAUGUUUAACCACAUCGUUAGGUGCAAGGGCGCGCUUUGCCGACGGGAAUAUGCAUUAAUUAAAAUAUGUCAUGACCGAAAGUUAUAUCAGGUAAAUUAUAUUUCUAUUGUUUUGUAAUAAUGAUGUAUAUCUAAUAUUGUCGAUUACGAGAGAAAGUGUCAUUUUUUUUGUUAGAAAAAUGUUUAAUUUUUCUCGUUUAAAUCGACCUCCUGAGUGUUUAAUUUUUGUUUUGUCACUGACUGUACUGCGGUUUACGACUUGGUGUCGCUGUAAGCGUCGACAUUAUUAUGUAAUUUGUAUUUAAUAUGUAUGAUAUACAGAUGAGCAAGCAAUAAUGCCGUGUGAAUAUAUAUUAUUUAUGACUUAUUUAUUUUUAUCGGUUUUAUCUGGACAGAUGUACAUACCAUGUAUGAAGAAGAAACACAAAACACACACAUCAUAUUUAUUUUGUUUCUUUUGUCAGUUAUAAUGUUUACUAAUUGUUUAUUUAUUAAUGUCUUAUAAAUGUUAUGUUAGGUUUUGUUUAAUAAAUGUUAGGUUUUGUUUAAUAAAGUAUUUAUAUAUCAUUCAAAUUAUUACAAUAAAAUAUGUAAUUGAU